AUGACCGAGCAAGAUAAGUUUGACAAAGCGAAGGUUAUGUACCAAUCGCUAGAGAAAUGCUCAUUCCAGUUCGAGCAUUGUUGGCAGCUGUUGAAGGACCAACCUAAGUGGAUUUGGCGCGCGACAAAGGAGGAUCCAAAGCGGAGGAAGACGAUGUCCCCAUCCCCGACCCCAACUCGAUGUUCUGAAGCUACAGUUGAUGGAAUUUUUGAUCUCGAGGCGGACCAUGUGAUGGAGAAUGAAGUUAUGGAGCCUGACCGACCAAUUGGAAGGAAAGCUGAGAAAGGAAAACGAAAGGCCCAAGGCCAGCAUGCAGAGGAGAACUUCCAACUCAGGAAGAUGAAAUAUACUCUGUUGGAGGAGUCACGCGCUCAGGAGAAAGAGUUUUUUCGUCUUAAAGCCGAGAAGAUGGCGUAUGACAAGGAGACGGAGGACAGAAAAUUACGUCAAGAGGACGAACGGCUGUGGUUGGAGGCUGAGAAAGUGGAGCUCACGAAGAAGGAAUCAGAUCAGCGCAUUAUGAUGAUGGAUGUGAGUGUCAUGCCAGAAUUGCAGCGGCAGUUUUUCCAGCAACUCCAGAGGGAGGUCAUGGCGAGACGCAGUCGGUCCGACGAUUUGGAUUGA